AUGGCUUCUUCUUCUACUUCUUUGUUGUGUUCUCUUCUCUUCUUCUUCGUCCUCCUCGUUUUUCCCGCAAACGCUCAAAACGGGGUCCCGCUAUCCUUAAAAAAAGACCCGAAAACCCGACAAUACUACACCACAAUAACAAUGGGAAGCAAUCGGUCCCCAAUAAACGUAAUCAUCGACAUCGGUGGGCCCUACCUAUGGUUCUCGUGCAACGACUACAAAUCGAACACCUACGCGCCGAUCCCAUGCGGCUCCCCCAAAUGCGAGCUGGCGAAAGGGAUCGGCUGCUACGGGUGCAACUUACCAAAACGCCCCGGGUGCACGAACGACACGUGCGCGGCCUCACCUUACAACCCGUUCACGAACAUGUUGGUUUCUCAAGGGUUCUACGAGGACUCGUUCCACCCAGCGGGUCGACUCGCCCCGUUGCCCCGGUACAUCUUCUCGUGUAUGGAUAAGGACUACUUGGAGGGGCUAGCUAGUGGGACCACCGGCAUGUUAGGGCUCGGAAGGACCGAUAUAUCUUUACACAAACAGGUGGCGGGCGUGUUCGGAUUCGCCGAUAAAUUCUCCGUUUGCUUUCCUUCUUCUUCAUCUUCGUUAGGGUUUGGGAAGUUGUUGGUCGGGGGGAUUGUGUUUACCGAAUCGACUAUCGCCACGAAAACGACGCCGUUGGUUGUGAAUCCGGUGAGUACUUAUCCGAUUUUUGUCGAGGGGGAACGCUCCGACGAGUACUUCAUCGGAGUGAAGUCGAUCAGGGUCGCCGGAGAAACAGUCUCCGUCAAGGAUUCGUAUUUCGCGAUCGAUAAGAACGGAGUCGGCGGGACGAAGAUCAGCAGUCUGCAGAACUUCACCGCGCUGCACAACUCGAUAUACAAGCCGUUCGCUAGGGCUUUCGUGAAGGCGGCGGCGAAUAUGAAGAUCAAGAGCGCGGCGGCGGUGGCGCCGUUCCGGGCGUGUUUCAAAUCGGAGACGAUCACGAGGACGGCGGCGGGGGCUCUGGUGCCGGACAUUGAUUUCGUAUUGCCCGGAAAUGAUGUGUACUGGAGGAUCAGCGGAGCAAAUGCGAUGGUUGAGGUUGACCGGAAAACAAGCUGUCUUGCAUUUGUCGACGGCGGAUCGGAGCCGAGGAGUUCGAUCGUGAUCGGAGGGCAUCAAAUGGAGGAGAAUUUCUUGGAGUUUGAUUUGGUGAAUUCUCAGCUCAAGUUCAGUUCUUCCCUUCUGGUGCAGAACAAGACCUGUUCAAAUGUUAUAGUUUGA